AUGGAAGAGGAGGAAAACCUCCGGAGAUCCCUUACGAGGAGGAGCUACAAACCCAGUGCAGGGAGCUGCAAGGAGCAAAGACUCUCCCUAAGCCAGAAAGGUGGUCGGAGGUUCAGGCAGAGCUCAGAGCUGGUGGAGAAGCCUCAUGGAGGGGAGAAGCCCCACAAGUGCUUGGAAUAUGGGAAGGGUUUCAGCUACAGCUCCUGGCUGAUCCAGCACCAGAGGAUCCACACUGGGGAGAAGCCCUACGAGUGUGGGAAGUACAAGAAGAGCUUCAGUGACAUCUCCUUACUGAUGCGGCACCAGCUGAUCCACACUGGGGAAAAGCCCUACACCUGCUUGGAAUGUGGGAAGAGCUUUGGGCUGCUCUCCAACCUGAGAAGUCACCAGCACAUCCACACUGGGGAGAGGCCCUAUGAGUGUCCUGAGUGUGGGAAGAAGUUUCAGACCAGCUCCGAUCUCCUCCUACACGAGCAGAUUCACACGGAUGAGAGGCCCUUCCGCUACCACGACUGCGGGAAGGGAUUCAAGCGCAACUCCGACCUCGCCAGACACCAGCGCAUCCACACUGGGGAGAGGCCCUACGAGUGUCCUGAGUGUGGGAAGAGCUUCUCACUGAGAGGUCAUUUGACCCGACACCAAUGGAGGCACCGAGGGGAGAAGUCCCACAAGUGCUUGGAAUGUGGGAAGGAUUUCAGCUGCAGCUCUGACCUGAUCCGACACCAGAGGAGCCACACUGGGGAGAAGCCCUACGCAUGUGGGAAAUGUGGGAAAAGCUUCAGCACCUUCUCCAACCUCAUGCAGCACCAAGUGAUCCACACAGGGGAACGGCCCUACACUUGCUUCAAAUGUGGGAAGAGCUUUGGGUGGAGCUCUCACCUUAGAAGACACCAGCUCAUCCACACCGGGGAGAGGGCCUACAAGUGUCCUGUGUGUGGGAAGACGUUUCAGACCAGCUCCCAUCUCCUCCUACAUGAGCGGAUUCACACGGAUGAGAGGCCCUUCCGCUGCCACGACUGCAGGAAAGGAUUCAAGCGUAACUCACAUCUCAUCAGACACCUGCGCAUCCACACUGGGGAGAGGCCCUAUGUGUGUCCUGAGUGUGGGAAGAGCUUCUCACAGAGCUCUAACUUGACCCAACACCAACGGGCCACUGCUAAGGGAGGCCCUGUGAGUGCCCCAGGUGUGGUAAGAGCUUUGUGCUCUGCUCCAUCUCCAUUCCCCAUGGGAGGAUCGGUGUUGGAUUAUCCCCAGUGACCCCCGUUGGGCAGAGCCCUGGUGAUCUGUAGUCGUCGUGAUCUGUGUUGGGAAGACACCUGCCUGGGGGGGCUCUGCAUCAUCCUGUCUCCCUCUGGGCACCUGGAUGAAUGGAGGGGCAGGAACAUCCAUUGGGAGGCAAACCAACAUUGCGAAUUCCUUGGGGAGAACGGAUCUUUUGACUUUCAACCCCAGAAAAUUUUCUUUGCUCCUGUUUUCUGGUGGCAUCCAGGAAUACUGAAUCAUCUUGGAGGUAUUUUUCAACCUCGGUGAUUCCAGGAUUUUGAUUUUCUGUUACUAAAGUGUGUCUUCCACAGCAAAAUGGUGAUGGAUUGGAGAAAAGACCAAGAUUUUGGAGACACUGGGCUGGAAAUACCUCCAGAAAAGGUUCUUCCCUCCCUCCCAAGUACGUGGAUUGAUUUGUUUUUGAUUUCUCUUCUUCCCUUUAUAAAAUCCAACACUAAAAUUGGAAGACUCUGAACUAAGAUAUGGGUGGGAACAUGUGCGGACAGAGACAUGGUGGGACACAGACAUGGAGAGUGACAUGGGGUCACAUGGACAUGUAGGGGAAUGUGGCCGUUUGUGGUGACAUGAGGGGACAUGGGCAUGGAUGGAGACGAGGGGGAAAAUGACAGGGAUGGAAACAUGGUGGGGACACUGCCAUGAGUGAGGACACGGUGGGACAUGGCCAGUGACAUGUGGGGACAUGGCCACGACCGGUGCCGUGGGGGGAACUUGCGGGGGGUGUGGGGGAUGC